GCCAUUUUUAGCGGCUGCUGCUGCGCUGAGCCGUCAGAUUAACGCAGCAAGUGAAGUGAACACAGUAACAUGAGGAGGAAAAGUGUUGUCACAUCUAUGGAAGCACAGAAGGGCCAAAACUUGGAAUAAAGACUCUGAAAGAACUUUUUUUUAUUGUUUUUUUCCCCGGGAUAUUGAAGUUUGGCUGUAGAGAGUCUGUUUCCAGUCCGUCCCCAGUAUGAGUGAGCCUGCGGAGCUGCUGCUCAUCAAGGACCAGUAUGAGUUGGCCUUUCACUCCCUGAGCCGCGGUCUGGCUGCUGAGGAGGCCGGGAGGAGAGCCGAGGCUCUGGUGUUUUACAGGAAAGGCCGACAGCACCUCACCCAGGGACUGGAAGUCCCCACAGCGGGGGAAAGGCAGAAGGGAGCGGUUUGGGACGCGGCCCGGCAGCUCCAGCAGAGGAUCAGGGACACUCUGAGGACUGUGGAGACCCACCUCUCCGACCUGGAGACCUCCCAGCUGACCUCAGGAGGCCAGAGGAGCCGUCUGCUGAAGGAUCUACCUCCAAACCUCUAUCCAGACUUGGGACCAAGCAGCCAGCCCCCCAGCAGCUCCCUGCACCACCUCUACCCCACCAUACCCGCCUUCACCACCCCAAAGCUCCCUCCCAGGCCUGCUUCCCCUGCAGGAGCUCCAUGCAUGGCUAACCCCGGGGAGCAGCCUCCAGCAUACACCCCCCAGCCCUCUCUGGGCCACCGCAGCCUGGCCUUCAGCCCUCCUGGAGGCCGCCUGGGCUCCGGGAUGCAGCCUGGAGCUAAAGGAGACGGCAACGAGCUGAUCUUCAUCCCUUCUGGGGUCCAGAUGUUCUUCGUGGCGCCGAGCGGGCAGGUCAGCUCCCUGUCCUACCCAGGAUUCCUCCGCAUCAUCGCGUUUGACAGCCAGUCUGCAGGAAGACCCUCAGCGUUUCUACAUGUGUGUGACUGGCUGUACCCUCUGACCACGGAGACUCCGGUGCUGCUGGCUCACUCUGGGAUCUUCAUGUUCCCCGACAGCCUGUCAGAGACCCCGGGGUCCUACAUCGGCAUCGUGCUGUCCUCUGAGCUGCCUGCGGUCCAGAGAGAGACCUUCCAGGACCUGCUCUCACAGCUGGCUGACCUCAGGGUCCAGGGUCCAGAGGGAGCGGGGUCAGAGGUCAUCAACCUGAGUGAGAAGAUCCCUCUCGGCCCCAGCAAAGAGCCGGAAGGACUGACGGUCCCCACAGGGGAGAAGGACAAACCACCACUUCCUGGAUGGAGCGAGAAGAUGGCACAAGGAAUACUGACUGGAGCUUCAAAAUUGAGUGUGGGGUUUGUAAAAGGAGCCGAGGCCACCGGGAGGGCCAUUCAUAAAGGAGCGGCCAAGAUCAGGGACCACAUCACGCCUGAGGAAACCGCUUCAGAGGUCAGCCCCCGCGUCCAGAAGAGCCUGCAGGUGGCCAAACAGGCCACCGGGGGCGCUGUCAGAGUCAGCCAGUUCUUGGUGAAUGGAGUGAGCACGGUGGCAGGACACGUGGCGGAUAAAGUGGCGCCCCAUGUGAAGAAACAGGGCGCCAAGCUGGUCCCAGAGUCCAUGAAGAAGAAAGGGGACGGCCCCUCAAACUGGGAUGGAGCCAAGUUUGUGGCAGCCAGCGGUGUCCACGGUUUCUCUACUGUCUGGUCCAGUCUGGAGACCGGAGCCAAGCUUGUUGGUAAAAGUGUGGCAGCAGAGACCGUCAACACUGUGACGUACAAGUACGGUAAUGAUGCAGGUGCAGCCACAGACACGGGGCUCAAGUCAGUGGUCAACGUUGGAGUCACUGCCUACAACAUUGACAAUCUGGGUAUCAAAGCCAUCAUGAAGACCGCCUGCAAGAAGACCGCCAAGGCCAUGGUCAGGAGCUCGGACGCCGAGGGGAAGGAGGCGCAGAAACGAGAGCACCAAGCAGAGACACACGGGAAGGAGAAGCAGAAGAAAGAGGAGGAGCAACAAAAAAAAUAGAUUCCUGCAGGACGUUUUAGUCAGAUUGAUGGAUGAACUCCUCAUUUACAUUCUAUACAGCAAAAUAGCCCACUCAUUUGGAUAUUAGAGUCAAUAUUAAGCUGUAUUAAUUGCAAAAAACACUCAUUUUACAAGUUAUUUAUAUCUCUAUAGGUUUUAUAUUUUUGUGGGAGUAUAUUUAGCUAGUCAGUUAUUAAUUUGUACAUAUUUUGUGUUUGUUUUGUAUGCUUAAACAUUAAGUUUCUUCUUGUUUUAACUACCUGAAUGUAUGAUCUGUAUGAAAAGUGCAAUAAUAAUGCAAGAAAUGCACAUAAAU